AUGGAUGGCGAAAGUAACGUUGCCUCGACACCGAUUCCAUGGAGCCUCAUGCUGGAGUAUGAGCGCGCUGAUGCUGUCCUUCAACUAUUUCGGCAGUUUUCUUUCUUUCAUGCCGAUAAGUUGUUGCUGAUCGAGCGGGAAGAGGUUAUUUGCUCCACUGGAAUGGAUUCUGAACGUAUGGAAUAUCUGGUCAUUCAUGGUUCGGUGGGAAAUGCUCGAAAAGAAGCAUUCCUAAAACUUCUUCGUUUGGCACGAUUAACCCUUGUACAAGACAUGGCCUCACAAGUCGUUGUAUGUCCCCAAAUUGGGGAUUUGCUCCCUAAUACAAUGUUGCACCCUCUUUGGGAAACUAGUCAGGUGAGAAGUUUUAAAAAAUGGAAUCGUAUUUAUUGGGCAAUGCGAUGUGGACUUCUUAAAAAGAUCAAAAGGAGAAGGGAGAUGAUACAGGCGCAUGUGGAACAAGUUUUAGGGCUAAAGGCAGAAAAUUUGGUUCAAAAUUCUAGUGUGGAAGCGGCGGGCAUUAGCCAUGUAAAUGAAGAGGCAUUUUAUAAUUCUUUUUGGAAUCUUCUUGAACUGGAACAGGAAGAACAAAACGCUCCUCUUGAACUGUAUUACACAGCAUGUAGUGAGGAGCGAGUUAAUCUUUCUACCGUCAUUGCCACGGUGCCAACCCUUAUUUUACUGUGGGCUAGCUGGGAUAUAACGUCAAUGGAAUGGCUAAGGGAAAAUCUGUUCAACGUUACAAAGAUUUUGAAAGCCAAUACCUUGCAGACAUUUUCUUCGACCUACAGUUCAUCUAUGAAAGAUGAUCCAUGGGUAGAAACUGUAAUGCGGUUUGUUCAGCUGCCUAGGCGUAUCGUAAUGUAUAGACGAACAAGACUAAAGAGGUAUCUAAAACGCGCACAAAUUGUGCUAAUUAGUGUAGACCGUGAAAAGGCUGCUGCAGUUGAUGCUCUCAAUGGUCUCUUCAGUGAGGUGUCCGGUUGGAAAAGUCCAGAAGUUCCAUUGAUACCACUAUGGUGCGGGCCUGAUGGUCUUCAAAGUGAUUUAGCAACUGAACUUAACAUUGCCCAACUUCCUUUUUUUGUUGCGACCCAAUUGCCUGAUAAGCAAACAAGAAAACUUGGUGAUGGGAGAUUUCCCCGUAUAUGUUACAUAACAUCCCAUACCGAGGGGGAAAUAGCUCCAGAUGCGUGCAUGAAGAAUAAUGAGGGUGAGGAGGUUUCUGAAAGGGGUUUCCGACUUAUGAAUUGGCAUGCAAUUGAGAAAAAGGAACGAGAAAUUGUCAUGAGUGCUAUUUCCCGCUUUUUGGCCGCUAGUGAUGCACCUUUAAGGUUUAUUGCUCGUGUGGAUCGCACAUACCAAAUGAACCCUGCUUCUUUAGCACAAGUAAAGAAGCGUUUGAAACCGGAAGUAACUUCGUUUGUGACCAUGUCGGGAACCAUUUCAACGCUUGAUUUGAUGAAAUUAAAGGAGAAAAUUAGUUUGCUUUCUCGAGUUCGAAAUUUCUUUUUUGAUGUAAAGAUUAUGAAGCCUUCUAUUCCUUUAUUGAUUCAACUGAAUCCUAAAACUCCAACUCGGUACGUUCUUGGAUCAGCACGUAAUAUUACGUGUAGUGAGUGUAUUCGAGAUGUUUUGAUAGACAAGGAACACCACUUCCGGUGCAUUCAAUGUGAUCAAAGUGAGGGGGUGGUGUGUUGGAUGUGUUUUGCAGCUGGAAAACAUCCACAACAUCAUGUGUUAUUGCGCGUUCCCACAUUCUCUGAGACGACUUUAAAUCUUCUUUGGGGUCCAUCUAAUGUGUCGCCUUUGGCUCUUUUCUGUGGAAAACUUGUGUCGAACAUAAAUGAAACUCAUGUCGGGGUUUACUGUAAUGGUUGCUCUCAACUUAUAUGUGGAGUGCGAUGGAAAUGUGCAAUGUGCUAUCAGUACGAUUUGUGUGAUUGUUGUGAUGAAAAGCGAAAUCGUCGUGAGGCCCUUAAAUGUGAAGGCGAUGCUUCAACCCCUUCAGGGGGGAUUAGCGGCCCUAUCCACACCUUUACACCACCCAGCACUCACCCCAAAGAGCACCUGUUUCUCUGCAUUCGCCAUGGCUGCGGAGCGGAUGGUGACGCAUGUCUGAGUCCUGUAAUUGAAAAGACUUCACUGCCUCUCUUCAUCUCGCAGUAA